AUGGACACACGGCUCUCUGUCUCUCUGCUUGCCGGGCUUGUGAUCCUCCUCCACGGCUUCACGGCAUGGGCGGCGGUGGAGGUGAACAUGGAGGACAGGGUAGAGGUUUUCAAGGGGGAGACAGCUCAAAUCACCUGCAUGUUCACCUCAGAUGACGGCAUCGGGGCUUUGACCAUCCAGUGGUUUUAUGUGUUGAAAACAGGGGAGAAGCAGAGUAUUUAUUAUCAAGAUGCCACUGUACAAUCAGUGGAACGAGGCACUCAGUUCACAGAUCGCAUCAGCGUCAAUGUGACGGCAGCCACUGGGGAAGUUUUGUUGACUGUCAACGAUGUUCAGCUGAAAGACCAGCUAGAGUUCAUCUGUCUUGUCAUGAGUUUGACUGACGGCUUCUCGGAGGGACGUACCAAGCUACUGGUAUUUGAACGACCAGACUACCUCAGCAUAGAGGGCGUUCAAACUGGUAUUUACGCCAAUGAAGACACGCUAUCAAGGAUUGGCUUCUGCGAGGUCAAAAAUGGCUUCCCGAAGCCAAACAUUACUUGGUACCGAAACAACACACCUUUACAAGCAGUUCCCGAUGCGAUCAAGGUAGUGCACAGCACAACCACAGAGUCCAGCGGUCUGUUCUCAGUGAGCAGUGAGCUGAGCCUGAAGGUGAUGAAGGAGGACAAGGACGCUCAGUUCUACUGCGAGGUUACCUACCUGGUGCCAGGAGGAACCAAAAUGAUUGAGACCAAUCUCAUUAACAUCACCGUGUACUAUCCGUCCACUGCUGUUCACGUGUGGGUGGAGUCACCGAAGGGCAAAAUUAAGGAAGGGGAUUCAAUUACAUUUCAUUGCCAUGGCAAUGGUAAUACGCCAUCGUCAGUGUAUACCAUCAAGCACAACGACAACGAAUAUGGGCUGGAGAACAACAUGCUUGUGCUGGAAAACGUGACACGUCGCCACAGUGGCAUUUAUGAGUGUACAUCAAUGGACAUGGAAACUUACGAGGAGCUCUUAGGGAAUACCACAGUGUUUGUCAACUACCUCGACUCUGCCGUGGUGUUGCCCACCAAAAUGGAGUUGGAUCAAGGCGAGGAAAUGACAGCCACCUGUAAUGCUCUAUCUUCUCUACAGACGCACACAGCCUGGUUCAAGGAUGGGCAAGAGGUGUCGGUGGGACACACUUUACGAUUGAAGGAUGCCACCUUUGACCUAGCAGGGACGUACACAUGUGUGGUGACAGUUCCUGAAAUCGAUGGCAUGGAAAAGAUGCAACCUCUUCGAGUCAAUGUAAAAGGUGCACCAGAGAUUAUGAAACCAGAACAAACAGACUUUGAAGAGAGUUUGGCCAACAAAGUAGAUCUGACUUGUCAAGUGCGAGGUUUCCCAGCUCCUGAUGUUAUUUGGACCACCUCUGAUGGAAAGGUCCUGGAGCCUACAUCCCAUACUGAGGAGGAGGACAGCGUCUACAGUGUGUUGAGCAUGGCAGUCACCUCUGACCUCACCACCUUCUGCAAUGCUACCAAUAAGUAUGGUGCCGAUGCAUUGACUUUCAACAUCAAAGCCAUUGUACACACCACAGCAGCAGCCACCACCACUACUAGCACAAGUGCCACUACUAGCACAAGCACCACCACUCGCACAAGCGUUCUUUCCACUUCCACAGUCCAAGCAGCAACUGCUAUCCCACCAAAGAAAAUCAGGAAAGAGAGCAGCGGCGUAAUCAUCGCAGUAAUCAUCAUCUGCAUCCUGCUGCUGGCUAUCUUGGGAAGCGUGCUUUACUUCCUCUACAAGAAAGGAAAGAUCUGCGGCCGUUCCGGCAAGCAAGACCUCACCAAAGAGAAAUCCAGCAAAGACAACAUUGUGGUGGAAAUGAAGAGCGACAACACUGAGGAUGCCGUUCUCCUCGGGGUGAACGGCGAGAAACUGCCGUAUAGCAGCCAGGUAGAUAAUGUGUGA